UAUCUGUAACGAUGUCUGGUGUGACAACAUGCUUGCGCUUCCCGGGACAGCUAAAUGCUGACCUGCGAAAAUUGGCCGUGAAUAUGGUACCAUUCCCACGUUUGCAUUUCUUCAUGCCCGGAUUUGCCCCUCUCUCGGCUCGUGGUACUGCUGCCUAUCGUGCCCUCAACGUUGCCGAACUUACUCAACAGAUGUUCGAUGCGAAAAAUAUGAUGGCAGCUUGUGAUCCCCGUCAUGGGCGUUAUCUCACCGUAGCAGCAAUGUUCCGUGGUCGUAUGUCUAUGCGUGUAAGUACAUUUCCUGCAUUUUUUUUUUUAGCUCUGUAGAG